AUGGAACCGCCGGCGACCGAGCCGAGGCGCUCCACGCGGCGGCCGCGCACGAAACCGUCCAAUGCCGACGCCGAGAUCGAACGCGGCGGCAAGCGCCGGCGCAGGGCGGCGGGGAAGGCGGGUACGCGUGGGAAGGGCAAGCAGAAACAGCCCGCGGCCGCGCCGGCGAUGAUGGUGGACGCGGGUGGCGCGAUCGACGACGACGACGACGUCUGCGCGUCGGAGCCGGACGAGGAGCAGAUGCGGCUGGACGAAGAGGAGGAGGAGGCCGCCGCGCUCGACGCGGAGGAGCUGGCCAAUGCGCAGAAGCUUGGAGCCAAGAAGAGGAGGGCGGCGGCGCGGCCGAGCACCACGCAGGAGCAGGCGGACGCCUCGGAGUCGGAGGACCACUUCGUGGGCGACCCGAUGCCAGAUGACGAGGCGCGGCGACGGUGGCCGGAGAGGUACAAAUCCGAGGACUCUCACGAUCCACAAGUUACCCAGCGGUAUGGCUGCUUGUUGCUGCACGUGUCCUUCACCUUGUUGUCGGAUGGGGAGGAGGAAAAGAGCGCCGCCUUGUGCCACUUCACAUCUGCUCGUGUGGACAAUGUGGAUUUUGACCUUGGUGACGAUGUCUAUGUCCGGGCUGCCCCUGGCGAGAAAGAUUACAUUGGCAGGAUUACAGAAUUUUUUCAAGGAGAGGACCAUGGGUCUUAUUUCUCUUGCCGCUGGUUUUUCCGUGUGGCUGAUACGGUCAUCACUGCGAAGUUUCUAAAAGUUGAUGACCAUGAGCAUGAUCCGAAGCGGGUUUUUCUUUCAGAGGAAAAGGAUGAUAACCUGAUUGAGUCUAUCAUUUCGAAAGUAAAUAUUACUUAUGUUGGCCCAAAUGUGGCACCACAGGACAAAGCUCAUCUUAUAGCAAAGUCAGAUUUGUAUUAUGACAUGUCUUAUUCGGAAGCAUAUUCCACAUUUUCCAAUAUGCCACCAGAAAAUAUUGGCGCAACAGGCAGUGAAACAACAUCAGAUAUUUCUUGUGAUGAUGUUUUCUCUUCUAAGGAAAAACUGGUUGCUGACUUUGCGGCACCACCUGAUGCACUAAUGGGAACAGCAACACUGCUGGACCUAUACUCUGGAUGUGGUGCAAUGUCAACCGGUCUUUCCAUGGGUGCAGCAUUGUUUGGCUUAAAAUUCAAUACAAAAUGGGCUGUAGACAUGAACCCAUAUGCUUGCAGCAGUCUAAAGCAUAACCACCCACGUACAGAGGUACGAAAUGAGAAGGCCGAGAAUUAUCUGUCCCUCCUUCAGGAGUGGGAAGCACUUUGCAAGGCAUAUGACGUCUAUAAUAGCAAUUUUUUACCACAGACUAUGAACGAUGAUGAAGUUGACGAAAAUGUACCUCUCUCAGAGGGUACAUUUGAGGUAGAGAAGUUUGUUGAUAUAUGCUAUGGUGAUCCAAAUAGCACUGGAAAAGAUAGCUUGUGUUUUAAGGUACGGUGGAAAACAUAUGAUUCUAGUCAUGAUACCUGGGAGCCACUUGAUGGUCUUAGAGAUUCCCCGGAAUGUAUUAAAGAAUUCGUUGAGACUGGAUAUAGGGAAUCCAUUUUACCCUUGCCUGGCUGUGUGGAUGUUAUCUGUGGAGGUCCUCCGUGUCAAGGAGUCAGUGGACUAAAUAGACAUAGGAAGCACAAAGAUCCGCUGACAGAUGAAAGAAACAAACAGCUAGUUGUGUUUAUGGACAUUGUAAACUACCUUAGACCCAAAUAUGUUCUUAUGGAGAACGUCGUAGAUAUUUUGAAAUUUGCAGAUGGGUUUCUCGGGCGUUAUGCAUUGAGUCGGCUUGUCGCCAUGAAUUACCAAGCUAGACUUGGGAUGAUGGUUGCAGGAUGUUAUGGGCUACCACAGUUCAGAAUGCGAGCCUUUCUAUGGGGAGCCCUUCCUUUAGUGGUACUUCCGAAGUUUCCGCUUCCUACCCAUGAUGCCAUUAAUCGAGGACAACAAGUGCCAACUAAAUUUUCGCAAUGUCUAGUUGCAUGUGAUGAAACUGAAGCUAAGAACGUGGAGAAAGCUCUUGUGCUGAGAGAUGCGUUGUCGGAUUUACCAAAGGUUGGAAACGAUCAACCUAAUGAUGCGAUGCCAUAUAAUAGUAGGCCCAUAUCUCAAUUCCAGCGCUAUAUCCGGCUCAACCGUAAAGGCAUUAUGGAUGACUCGCUUGGAGAUGCCACUCAUAAGAAAGUUCAGCUAUUUGAUCAUCAGCCGCUUCAGUUGAAUAAGGAUGAUUAUGAACGUGUGCGGCGCAUUCCCAAGAAAAAGGGGGCCAACUUCCGUGAUCUGAAAGGUGUACGGGUCGGGAAAAACAAGAAAGUUGAGUUUGAUCCAGAUAUUCCUCGUGUAUAUCUGUCUUCCGGGAAGCCAUUGGUCCCUAAUUAUGCAAUGACCUUCAUGAAGGGGAAGUCGGUUAAACCAUUUGGACGCCUGUGGUUGGAUGAAACUGUGUCAACCGUUGUGACGAGAGCCGAACCUCACAACCAAGCUAUAUUGCAUCCCAAGCAGGACAGAGUUUUGACUGUCCGCGAAAACGCAAGGCUGCAGGGCUUCCCGGAUUACUACAAGCUGUAUGGCCCCAUAAAACAGAAAUACAUCCAAGUUGGAAACGCUGUUGCUAUCCCUGUUGCUAGGGCUCUGGGCUAUUCCCUUGCACAGGCUUACCAGCAGCGUGAGUUCGAUGGAGACCAACGCCCCCUGUUUAAAUUGCCUGGGAAUUUCAUACCUGUGGCCGCAAGAUUGCCCAAAGGAAAUUCUGGAGGCGAAGAAGCAGUUGAGGAAGAAUAG